CUCUAAUCCAACGGUUGAUAGAGACCGCUGACCCAUCACCACCUUUAGUUUACUCCUUCCUCUCUCGUUCCCCUGAGGAAUCUCUUACAUGUUCGGCAACGAAGCAAAACAAAACAAAAAGGAAGUUUUGUAAGCUCUCUGGAUCUAGCUUAGCAGUAGCAUUGCAGCGGAUAAUUAAUCCUUGUAAGCUAUGGUGACGAUCCGUAGCGUUUCAGUCUAUAUUAUUGUUCUGCUGGCUGUAUCUUGUCUUCUUUUGGUUGCAAAUGGGGAAGACAAGACGAUUAAAGUGAAGAAAGUGAAGGGGAAGAAAGUUUGCACGCAGGGAUGGGAAUGUGUCUGGUGGUCUGAAUACUGCUGUAACCAGACGAUAUCAGAUUACUUUCAGGUUUACCAGUUUGAGCAGCUCUUUGCUAAAAGAAACACACCCAUAGCUCAUGCUGUUGGUUUCUGGGACUACCAGUCUUUCAUUACCGCUGCUGCUCUCUUUGAGCCUCUUGGGUUUGGUACCACUGGUGGAAAGCUCAUGGGUCAGAAAGAAAUGGCUGCUUUUCUUGGUCAUGUCGCCAGCAAAACUUCCUGUGGAUACGGAGUGGCAACAGGAGGGCCUUUAGCUUGGGGUCUUUGCUAUAACAGAGAGAUGAGUCCAAUGCAAUCUUACUGUGACGAGUCCUGGAAAUUCAAGUACCCUUGCAGCCCUGGAGCUGAGUACUACGGACGUGGUGCUUUACCCAUUUACUGGAACUUCAACUACGGAGCAGCUGGGGAAGCCUUAAAAGCCGAUCUCUUGAACCACCCUGAGUACAUUGAGCAGAACGCAACACUUGCCUUCCAAGCUGCAAUCUGGAGAUGGAUGACACCAAUUAAGAAACGUCAACCUUCGGCUCACGAUAUCUUCGUUGGAAACUGGAAACCGACAAAGAAUGACACAUUGUCCAAACGUGGACCGACUUUUGGUACCACCAUGAACGUUCUGUACGGAGAGUACACAUGUGGUCAAGGUGACAUUGAGCCAAUGAGCAACAUUGUCUCACACUACUUGUACUUCCUCGACCUUUUGGGUAUUGGAAGAGAAGACGCGGGGCCAAAUGAGGAGCUCAGUUGCGCUGAGCAGAAAGCAUUUAACCCUGCAACUGCACCUUCUUCUUCCACUUCCUAAGUCUCCGUAUGUUCUCAAGUCCCUUUGCUUCACUUGAGAAGUGUUUUACGUAAUAAGUGUGAGCUUUUUAUUUAGGGCUUGUCCCUGUAGAACUUAUACAAAACGAAAUUUUUAUUAUUUUCUGUAUGUAUGUUGUAUUGAAUUGUUGUAUUUGCAAUUUGUAAAAGUAGAGAAAACAUGGAUACAUUAAUGUGUGUUGCGAAGGAUGUUUUUAUUCAUUAUUAUAUAACCAUGUAAGUUUUCUUCUAUAAAAAAAUGUUCUGCA